UUGCUCUGUUUUCCCCCUCUCUCUCUCUCUUCUGCAGUUCAACACUUUCGAGCUUGCCUCUUGCAAGGCUACACACUCUGACGGCAGGAUGUCCAUUGUGAGCAUCGUUGCCAGGGAAAUCCUGGACUCACGGGGAAACCCCACAGUAGAGGUGGACCUGAGAACUGACAAAGGUCUGUUCAGGGCUGCUGUGCCCAGUGGAGCAUCUACAGGUAUCUAUGAAGCUCUGGAACUUAGAGAUGGAGACAAAAGCCGUUACAAGGGCAAAGGUGUACUGAAGGCUGUUGGUCACAUUAAUGACACUCUUGGGCCAGCCAUCAUUGCAUCUGAGAUCAGUGUGGUGGAACAAGAGAAACUGGACAACAUGAUGAUAGAAAUGGACGGCACAGAGAACAAAUCCCAAUUUGGUGCUAAUGCCAUCCUGGGAGUGUCUUUGGCCAUCUGCAAGGCUGGUGCGGCAGAAAAGGACAUCCCCCUGUACCGCCAUAUUGCUGAUCUGGCAGGAAACACAGAACUAGUGCUGCCGGUUCCUGCGUUUAAUGUAAUAAAUGGAGGCUCUCAUGCUGGAAACAAGCUUGCCAUGCAAGAAUUCAUGGUACUUCCUGUAGGGGCGGAGUCAUUCCGUGAUGCACUGCGUGUUGGAGCUGAGCUCUACCAGACACUGAAAGGUGUAAUCAAGGAGAAGUACGGCCAAGAUGCCACCAAUGUCGGUGAUGAGGGAGGUUUUGCUCCAAACAUCCUGGAGAACAGUGAAGCACUGGAGUUGAUAAAAACUGCUAUAGACAAGGCCGGUUUCACAGACAAAGUUGUGAUCGGUAUGGAUGUAGCCGCCUCUGAGUUCUACUGUGAUGGAAAGUAUGACCUGGACUUCAAGUCGCCCCCAGAUGCCAACAGACACAUCACCAGCGAUGAGCUUUUAGAGAUCUACCAGACGUUUGUCAAUGACUAUCCAGUGGUGUCCAUUGAGGACCCCUUCGAUCAGGAUGACUGGCCCGCCUGGACAAACAUGACAGGUUCCAUCGGGGUCCAGAUUGUGGGAGAUGACCUGACCGUGACAAACCCAAAGAGGAUAGAGAAAGCUGCAGAAGAUCGUGCCUGUAAUUGUCUGCUCCUGAAAGUCAAUCAAAUUGGCACCGUUACAGAGGCCAUCCAGGCAUGUAAGCUCGCACAGGCCAAUGGAUGGGGGGUAAUGGUGAGCCAUCGCUCAGGGGAGACUGAGGACACUUUCAUCGCUGACCUAGUGGUGGGGCUCUGCACUGGACAGAUAAAGACGGGAGCUCCUUGUAGAUCUGAGCGCCUCGCCAAAUACAACCAACUUAUGAGGAUUGAAGAGGAACUGGGAGAUCAGGCUCGAUUUGCCGGGCACAAUUUCAGAAACCCCAGUGCUCUGUGAGACUGACAUUACUGCACCGAAAUCACAAAAAUCAAAAAUAACUGACAAACAGAGUAUGUACUGCACUGAACUGACUGACUGAAUACCCCCGACUUCUCACGAGAUAACCUAGAAUGCAUCAAAGUGGCACUAUUUGCACUGGUAUAGAUAUAAUGACUUACUCAAACACUUAAGACAUAUAUAUAUAUAUAAACUGACCUGGACUGUGGACAGGCUUUAAAAGACCAAAUACAAUGCACAGUGGAUCCUGGACAGACCGGCAUUAUGCACAAGAGAUACUGAACUUCUUGACGAGCAACCCAUGUGCACAGGGUGAACAUGCAUGCGUAUGAUUACAUGGAUACAGAGACUUUAGGAGAGAAUUUAGCAAUGCAGUGACUGUGAUGUCUAAAAAGAGAAUUUACGUAAAUGGAAUACAAGCAGAGAGAGAUUUAUUAAAAUCAGGUGUAAACAUCUUAAAUUUAGAUUGUGAAAUAUAUGUACAUAAAUAAAACUGUCUAAGUUGACUCGCCACACUAAAGAAACUUAAGGGAAUUUUUAUCGUUCAUUGCGUUGGAAUAGGCAAAAAUAUAUAGAUUAUGGAAAAUGGAAGGUGAUUUGGGGCCUAAAGUGUGAAACAUUUGCAUACUUAUUAUUUAUGCACAUAUGCAAGGUGAAACAUCAGUGGGAGUGUAAUAUGGAACAUUUUGAUGUGGUUAGUAACACUGACAGUCUUUUUGGCUAUAUGAGGGUCCAGCACUUUACUCUGUUUACUAAGUAAUUUGCCCAGGGCAUUAGAUGCUUUUUGUCUGUAAGAAUGCUCUCUGUCAACUGCUGUUAUUGGGGGUCUCUCUCUCUCUGACCUAAAAACAUGCUGAUAAAAAGUAGCCUUUUUUGCAAAGCUCAAAAGAGACAAAUCCAAAUUUGGCCAAAUAAAAAUAAAAUACAUAGGCAACAGCUUUUUAGAUGCUACAAAGACAAAAAAUAUCAAGGAAGAUAAGGGCAGAGUUGCUAAAAAUGUAAAGUUUUACUCCUAUUAGAAUAUUCAAAAUGAAAUUUCUCAGAUCAAUGUGUGUAGAUGUUUUCUCUCCAUAAAGGUGAUUUGAUAUAUUAAGCAAAACCAGACACACAGUUCAUCAUGUGCAUAAAUUAUUGUAUAUCUAAUUUGGUGGAGGAUCCAAAAUAGGUCCUUAUUGGCCAGAUAAAUAAAAAAAUAUUGUUAAAUAACAAAAAUGAAAGGACUAAACAUAAAUUCCCAUAGAUUCAAAUAACUAAAUAGGAAUAGAUAAACCCCCAUCUUCAUAAAUCUGCCUGAUUUUCUCAUGCAAUGACUCUUAAAAUCUUAAAACGUAUUUUACUCUGGAUCUUAAAGGGAUAGUUCACUCAAAAAUGAAAAUUCUCUCGUCAUUUACUCACCCACAUGCCAUCUCAGAUGUCUUUCUUUCUUCUGCUGAACACAAAUGAUGAGUUUUAGAAGAAUAUUUC